UACUUGUACAAAGUACAUAAUUUUGUUGAAUUGCAUUUUAAUACAUAUUGCAAAACAUUACUUACAUUUUACUUAGCAGACAGUUCUCAAUUGACCGUACAAGUGUGCACACAAGUUAUUUUAAUAUCAAGUUUGGUUUUUAAUUAAAUUACGUUAUUUUCUGCAAAUCAUCAAGUUUUAUUUAUCAAGUGUUACUCCAUCAAGAUUAUCAAUACAUCAAGACAAGAGCAACAGCUCCAACAAUGGUCCUUCGAGCCUCUCUUCGGAUCUGUCCAGGUUGGUGUUUCGUGACUUGCACGCAGUAGCGAAUCGGUCCUCCGGUCUCCCACAAGCGGGUCGCCCCGGUUGGAUUGAGAAGGCGCAUAUACUGCGUGUGAACUACGUGGCACCACGAGCAGGUCAAAUUACUGGCAAAACUAGCAAGACUUCAUCAAGUAUAUCAAGAAGGUUGGUACGUACCUCAUCAAGUAAUCAAGAAUACGGUCAUCAUCGGUCGUCAAAGGAGAACUCAGUUAUAGAGAAAAACAAUCUAAUAAAUCAAGUGUUUUAUCAAGAAUAUUUUGUAUCAAGAGUAGCGCUACAGAAAUAUCAAGAAAAAUCAACCGAGUUAUUCUAUCAAGCUCAUCAUGGAGACGCUGAAUAGACAAGCAACUAUUCAGGAAGAAAUAGAAAGACAAUUUACAAACUUCAAGAAAGAUGGAAAGGAUCGCAAGACAGUGGAAUAUAUGGAAAAGCGCAUCGAGGCUUUAGACCAGUACUGGAUAGAAUUCAGGAAAAAUCACGACGUGCUGCUAAAUGUUUUGGCAUCAGAGCAUGACUACUUCAUCGCCAAUAAUUUAGAUCGGACUCGUGACUUAUACUACAAAGCAAGAACGGUAUACCAAACGACUCUAGCGGAGCUUGAAAAGGCUUCAGCUCGAACACAACAAGGUGGGACUAGCAAGACAGGAGAAGCCAAGCAUGAACAAGGCGCAGGCACCCACUUGGGAACAACAGGUAAUCAACAACCUAGUACAAGUACCUACAAUCCUAACUUACCUCAAGGUAACAAUACUAAAAUAGAUGAGAUGCUCAGGAAACAAUCAAGCAAUUUUAGAGCAUUUUUAAGAACUAUUGAAAGCAUUGACGUAGAAGAACUUAAGGAGAAAUGGGAGUACGAAGAUGCUUUAACUUCUAUUAAAGCUCGUUGGAAGAUUGUAGAUAACUUACAUUGGGAGUUAGACAGUCAGCUGAUGGGCUCUAACAAUGAGUACGAGGAAACAUUUACGCAGUACGAACGCAAAUAUAAUGAUAUCAAGAAGGCCAUUAAUAGCAAGUUAUGGUCGGUGGCUCACAGAGAAAAAUCAACACCCCAGUUAGACAUUCCGAUAUUCAGCGGUAACUAUCAGCAGUGGGUGUCCUUCAAGGAUCUUUUCUGUGAAGCUAUACACAACAACCCCUCUCUCUCACACGCACAAAAGAUGCAAUUUCUUAAAGGGAAGCUGCGGGGAGAGCCCGAACGUCUUAUUCAGCAUCUGCAGAUAAGUUCGGAAAAUUAUUUAGCAAGCUGGGAGAUUUUAAAACACCGCUACAGCAACAAGAAGCUGAUCUUCACAGCACACAUGAAUACCAUUAUGAGUCUUCCAAUCAUGCAUCAACCAUCAUCAAACCAAAUCAAGCGUCUUCACGACGUCACUAAAGAAUGUCUGAAUGCUAUCAAGAAUUUGGGUGUCAACACAGAAAAUUGGGACCCAAUGCUCAUGCACAUAUUGUCCCAAAAACUAGAUAUAGAAACGCACAGUGAAUAUAUGACGUCACUCAAGGAACCAAGAGAGCUGCCAAAACUUAGCGAAUUCCUCGAAUUCCUCGAGAACAAGUUCACUACCCUAGAGUCAUCUCGCCGUAAGCAAGAAAACGGCCAAAAAUCAAACUCGAGCGCUUCAUCCUCCUCUUAUAGGCAAGAGAACAGAAAUUAUUCACAUCAAAACAGGAAUUAUUCAACCAACAAGGCUAUUUCAAGAUACCAUGAAGGCUCGACAUAUUCUAAGCUAAAAUGCCCCGUUUGCAACAGCAAUGAACAUGGCAUAUAUUAUUGCAAGCAGUUCCUAGAAUUAACGCCUGUACAGAAAAAACAAACAGUUACGAAAUUACAAUUAUGUUAUAAUUGUUUAUAUAAUCAUAAUGGAAAACCUUGUACAUCGAGCAAACGAUGUCGCGAAUGCAACAAGUCUCAUAAUUCAUUAUUACAUGACGCCUUUAUGAAAUCAGAGACUUCUGCAUUUAACACCACUGAUAAUUGCGCUGCAGCAAGUGCAAGCGAGACAAAAACAAGGCAAGUGCAAGUGGCCCAGCAAGAAGAAUGGCACGAAAUAUUAUUAGCAACUGCUGUAAUCAACGUCCAAGGAGUUGAUGGCACUUACCAUAAAAUGCGUGCACUCAUUGAUCAAGGUUCGCAAAUAUCGUUAAUUACGGAAAAUGCCGCCCAAAGAUUAGGUAUACCGAGAGGAAAGUGCAGCGGUACUAUAACAGGAAUUGGUACAAAAACUACCUCAUGUAAAGGAAGGAUCAACAUUAACUGUUUUUCACUAUCAGAAGAUUACACUUUCAACACGGAUGUUUUUAUAAUGAGAAAUCUCACAAGAAAUUUACCACAUUUCACAUUUACAAGUCCAACAUGGGAGCAUCUGCAAGACCUGGAUCUGGCCGAUCCAGAAUAUAAUAUUUGUCGCCCCAUCGACAUACUUUUGGGGGCGGACAUUUACUCAAUUAUUAUUUUGGACGGAAUACGCAGAGCAAGCUCAUGCAACUUGAGCCCGAUUGCACAACACACGCGGCUCGGGUGGAUCCUGUGCGGCAAGGUACAACAAUCAAUGCAAUGCAAUAUAGUUCUGAAUGAUAUAGAAGGCAUCGAAAAAUUUUGGCAAACAGAAGACAUAGAUCUUCCUCAGAACACAGAUGAAGAGAAAUGUACAAAAACCUACAAAGAAACUACAUCAAGAUUGAGCGAUGGAAGAUAUCAAGUCAGACUUCCACUGAAGCCCAAUAUAUCAGAAAUUGGCGAAUCAAAAAGUAGAGCCAUAGCUCAAUUUUUCCAAAUUGAAAGAAAAUUACAAAAAAAUCGAAGCAUCGCCGAAGAAUACAAGUUGUUUAUCAAGGAAUACUUAGCGCUCGGUCAUAUGAUAUGCACCGAUGGCACAACUACGUCACUUGAAUAUUUUAUGCCUCACCAUUGCGUAAUUCGUGAAGAUUCCUUAACAACAGCACUUCGUGAUGUCUUCAACGCAUCUCAAAAUACAUCAAAAGGGACAAGCCUAAAUGAUUUUAUGUUCAAGGGACCCAAUUUACAAAAAGAUCUUUUGGAACUCAUUUUGAGAUGGCGACAGUACAAGAUAGCAUAUACAGCAGACAUCGAGAAGAUGUUCAGGCAGGUGUGGGUCCAUCCAGAAGAUCAGUGCUUCCAAAAAAUCAUUUGGCGUGACGAUAAGUCAGAUGUACUACACGAGUAUCAACUUACAACGGUCACAUACGGUACCAAGGCCGCGCCGUUCCUGGCAAUGAUGACAUUACGUCAGCUGGCUGAAGAUGAAAGAAAAUCCUUUCCUGCAGCUGCCAAGGUCGUAGAAAACUGCUUAUACACCGACGACCUUCUACAUGGGGCCCACACAAUACAGUCAGCAAAAAAUAUGAAACAAGAUUUGAUCCAGAUGCUGAAAACGGGAGGUUUCAAUCUAAGAAAAUGGAGUUCUAAUUAUCAAGAAUUACUACAAGACAGUAUGGAUUUCAAAAAACAAGAAGACUACAUUUUCAUGCAAAAAGAAUCCACCAAAACACUUGGCAUUCAUUGGAAACCUGAGCAAGAUGUUUUCGUUUUUCAGUCAAAGUUUGAGCCGCCAUCAGAUCAAGACUCACAGUGUACAAAACGAAAACUACUGUCAGAUAUAUCAAGACUAUUUGACCCGUUGGGCUGGCUCACACCUGUCUCCACCAGAUUGAAAAUCUUAUUUCAAAAACUUUGGGCAAUAGAUAUCAAGUGGGAUGACAAGAUUCCAGAUGAAAUUAAUUCAGAAUGGAUUAAAAUAAAACAAGAUAUGGCAAACAUUACAAAAAUAGAAAUUCCACGCUGGCUAGGUACAAAUGUCGUAGCAGAUAUCGAAUUACAUGGCUUUUGCGAUGCAUCGCAAAAGGCGUACGCUUGCGUCGUAUAUUGCAAGUUAUACGAAGAGGGAAAAUCAAAAAUUACCCUGGUCGCUGGGAAAUCAAGAUUAGUAUCUAACAACAAGCAAGUCUCGCUGCCAAGGUUGGAACUCUGUGGAGCGCAUCUUCUAUCAAAGUUGAUGCUAAAAAUCAAGCAAUGUUUACAUGAUCAUCGUAUAUCUAUAUAUGGCUGGGUGGAUUCUACAGCAGUCCUUGGAUGGUUACAAGGAAAUUCAGACAGGUGGACAACAUUCGUUUCAAAUAGAGUUCGCCACAUUAUAGAAGUUAUACCACCAAAACAUUGGCGUUAUAUCAAAUCAGCUGAGAAUCCAGCUGAUUGCGCAAGCCGAGGGCUCACGAUGACACAGCUGAAUACUCAUCCACUGUGGUGGCAUGGACCCUCAUGGCUAUCUACGGGGCAACAUGAGUCAAAGCAAGCACCUAUAUAUACAACAAAUCAAGAAGAAAAAGUAUUGAAACAAGUCAGUGUCACCAGUCAUGAAGAAAGCUUAAUAGAAACGUUGUUACAUAGAUACAGCUCUUACUCAAAAGUUGUGCGCGUAUUAUCAUGGAUACGCCGAUUUUUAACAAAGAAGCAAAAUAGACAUCAAGAAAAUUACCUAACAUUAUCAGAAAUACGAGAAGCGAAAGUGCAAGUUAUCAAGCAUGUACAAAAUAAAGAAUUUCAAGAAGAAAUAUCAAGUCUCAAAGGAAACAAUAAAUUAUCAUCAAAAAGCAAGUUGUUAAGUCUCACCCCCUACUUGGACCAACAAGGAAUCUUACGAGUGGGUGGCAGAUUAAGAAAUGCUAACAUCAGCACGGAAAUGAAAUAUCCAAUUAUUAUUCCCUACGACAGUCGAUUGACACAAUUACUAAUUGAUGACGCGCACCGACUCACAUUUCAUGGUGGCACACGCGUUACAUUGGCGCUUAUCAGGCAAAAAUAUUGGAUUAUAAGUGGUAAUCGAGCAACUAAAAAGUUUAUUCGUCAAUGUAUUAUUUGCAAGAAACAAAAUCCCCAACGACAAAACCAAAUCAUGGGAGAUUUACCAAGCCCCCGAGUCAAUCCAUCUCGCCCAUUUCUUCAUACUGGAGUCGAUUAUACAGGACAUGUGUAUAUCAAGGCAAGCAAGGGACGUGGAAUAAAAACCAGCAAGGGUUACGUGGCGGUAUUUGUUUGCAUGGUAACAAAAGCUGUCCACUUAGAGUUGGUCUCGGACCUGUCGACUUCAGCAUUCAUCGCUGCGCUGCGCAGGAUGGCAGCACGCCGCGGAACACCCCGUCACUUAUACAGUGACAAUGGAAGAAAUUUCGUGGGGGCAAGCAGAGUACUGCAAGAAGAGUACCAUCAAAUACAGCAAGUUUUUGAUGAUGGUUUUAUGAAAGAGCUCACAGAUCUGGAAAUAUCAUGGCAUUUUAAUGCACCUUCCUGGCCGUCCGCUGGCGGAUUAUUCGAGGCGGCCGUCAAGAGCUUCAAGUUUCAUUUCAAGAGAGUAAUUGGUGAGCAAAAACUUACCUUUGAAGAAUUUGCGACGCUCCUGGCGCAGAUUGAGGCGUGUAUGAACUCAAGACCUUUAUGCGCCCUCUCAGAAGAUCCAGAAGACCUAGAUUAUUUAACACCGUCGCAUUUUUUGACUGGGGGUCCCACUCUUACCUUAGUUGACACUGAAAGAGACAUGCGAACUCGGUGGCAGCUAACUCAAAAAAUAAUUCAAGAUGUUUGGAAACGUUGGCGCACUGAAUACUUAACACAGCUGACAUCCAGAAGUAAAUGGAGACGACCGCAUGAAAAUAUCAAGAUGAAUGAUGUAGUUCUUAUACAUGAUGAGAACCUACCUCCAGGCAAGUGGACAAUGGGUAGAGUAGUAAAACUUCAUCCAGGUCAAGAUGGUUAUGUUCGCGUCGUGACGGUAAAAACAAAAAAUGGCUACAUUCAGCGUCCCGUUAUCAAGUUAUCAAUACUUACUGAACACGCGGAAGUUCCUGACGAUAAACAAAAGGAUCAAGUCAGCAAGAAACAGCAAGUAAAAUUGAAAAAGAACAAGACAAGCUUAACGUCCAUAUGUACCGCAAUACUAUUUUUUAUGACGUUAACAUCCACAUCAGAAUGCAAGGUCAACACGACGCAAUUCAGAGAAAAUCAAGGUCUCUAUUUCGACAAAGUAUCAAACAUGAAUUUAAUCAAGGACGAAUGGAAAAUAGUUGUGUUUUACGAAAUGAAACCCUAUUGGCAAGGCACAGAGGCGUUAAUAGCAUACACAACAUCAUUAGAAAAAAUAUGUUCUCACAUACAUGAACAAUGCAACUCAAUACUACUCCAAUUACGUCACGGGGUUACUGAACUUGAGUACUACAAUCAGCUGUUCCUGACGAAUCAGUUUCGAGAACGUGAGCCAAGACAGCGCGUCCGCAGAGGCCUUAUCAACGCUAUUGGAAACAUAGCAGGGGAUUUAUUCGGUGUAUUAGACGAAAGAUUUGCGCAGCAAUACAAACGAGAUAUUGGUUUAAUACAAGCAAACCAAAAGCAUAUAGCAAGUUUAUGGAAAAAUCAAACUUCAUUAAUUGAGGCCGAAAACAAUCUACUAAAGCGUGCAGAAAUCGCCAUGAAUCAACAACACAAAAUAUUAAAUCAACAUUUAGUUGCAUUAGAAAAGGCCACUAAUACUUUGAAGGAAGAUGUACAAAGAAAUAUGGUUCUUAAUAACUUCGCAAUUGGAGCCAUAAUAGCAAGCAACAUGAUGAACAAUCUACGGACAAUGCAAAAUACAUUGUUAGAUACAAUAACUGAUAUAUAUCACGGACGUAUCAGUUUACAUUUACUGACACCGGCCCAAAUCAGCGAUGAACUUAGCACGAUAUCAAGUCAAUUAUCUAAGGAUGUGGCCUUACCGAUCGACAAUGUGCAUUCAGAUCUGAGCAAGAUAUAUGAUCUCCUCACAGUGAAAACAAGAAUGUUGGAGGACUACGUCAUGUUCGAGAUAAGGCUACCGCUUAUUAGUCGGGAUAAGUUCGAGAUUUUUAAAGUCGUUCCCAUACCUAAAUAUCAAGAUGGAAACAUGAUAACAUUGGUUCUAGUGUCAGAUUACAUUUCAAUCAACAUUAGAAAGGACUCGUACAUAUCUAUGACGGAAAAUGACAUAAAACAGUGUCUGGUACUGUCAACAACAUAUUAUUGUCAUAGCCGCAAGCCUGAAUAUCAGAUGAAAGAAGGCGACAACUUAUGUCAAAUGGGGACAUCAGGAUGUAAAACAAUCAUUGAACCAUGCAGCAAUUUUUGGAUAGAAAGUUAUGCAAUCAAUACUUACUUAUACUUCUGUUGCAACGUCUGCAACGUACGAACGAUAUGUACGGAAGACAUGAAGGCUCAUCAAUUGAAAGGUGCUGGACUUAUCAACAUUGGACAAGGAUGUUUAUUAAGGACUGACAAGCUCACAAUCUACCCCUACAAGGUUCACUCAAGCGAAAUUAAGAUAUCACCUGAUUUAUAUGCACCAACAAUUGCACCUAUAAAUGACGUCAUUAAUAUCACAUUACCGCAAUGGUCUGACGGAAAUAAAUCGUAUUUGUAUCAAGAUACAUUACAAAUAGGAAACAGGAUUCACACACUGAUGCAAGAAGAUCAGGUGUUGGCAGAAGCAGAGGAUGUAUCAUAUCAUGACAUACACCACUACGUGAUGAUAUACGUCAUUAUUGGUAUAAUUGCCAUCACAGGAGUGAUAUUUGUCAUUCGUAGAGUUCAUUGUCGGUGGCAAGUACCGCAAGCAGCUGUAGUAGUCGACUCGUCUACAACUCCUCCGCUGCCAAGCACGCGUCGUCUAGCAACGAUAAGAAGACAAGAUCAGUCUGAGAGGAUUGAGAUGCAAGCAAGCUAACGCAACGGGAUAGCUCUGUUUUCAAGAAGAAUUCGUAUUUUAUGCUUUGUUUGUAUUUGUUUUAUAUUAUCAAGAUGUGUAUUAUUUUAAUUUUUAUCAUUUGUCAUGUGAACAUAUUUUUAUUAAUUUGGCUUGUGCGCCACAGCCUCCUCAUCUCCCCCUGGGAAUAAUGUACAAAGUACAUAAUUUUGUUGAAUUGCAUUUUAAUACAUAUUGCAAAACAUUACUUACAUUUUACUUAGCAGACAGUUCUCAAUUGACCGUACAAGUGUGCACACAAGUUAUUUUAAUAUCAAGUUUGGUUUUUAAUUAAAUUACGUUAUUUUCUGCAAA